AUGGCCAAUCAAGAGUUCUACGGCGGUGGAAAUUCUAACCCCUAUCCACCUCAUCAACCAUAUGGUGCACCUCCUCAACAAUAUCCUCAACAACCCCAAUACGGUCAAGAAAAUACUGGCUACCCUCCCGCCCCAGACUACGGUCAAAAUGCCCCUUACCCUCCUCAAAACCUCCAACCACCAUAUGGCGCACCCGGUCCCUCACCCGCACACUCACCAUCUCCGUAUGGAGCCCCUCCACCUCAGCAAUCUCCCUAUGGCAAUAACCCCUACCCACCUCCCAGCGACCCAUACGGAAACCCCCAAGCAAACUAUUCCGACCCACGCGGGUAUUCCCCCGCCCCAACUCCCUACGGCGCACCCGCCCCCUACGGCACUCCCACCCCCGGUCUCGCACCCACUUACACCGAACCAGGCGCCAACUUGCCCCCUCCUCAACUCGACGCUAACGGUCAACCCAUCGAAGGAGGCGACCGAGGACUCGUCAGCAUGGGUCUUGGAGCUGCUGGUGGCUGGGGUGUCGCAUCGCAAACUGGACGGGGAACGAUGGGAAAAAUCUUAUAUGCGGCUGGCGGAAUGAUUGCCGGACAAUUUUUAGGGAAUAAGGUUAAGAAGUAUAGGAAGGAUCAUAAUGAUCGGGAUGUGGAAUAUUAUGAGGAUGAGCAGACGGGGAGGGAAGUGAGUCCGCCGAGGGAAGGGGAGGGGUUACGUCCGGAGCAUGCGCAUGCGCAGGGGGGAGGGGGAGGGGGUGGGUAUGGGAGUAGGGAUGGAGGUGGAGGAUAUGGAGGCAGAGAUGAGAAAUAUAGUGGGCAUGGGGGGUAUGAGGAGGAGAGACAUGGUAGACAUGGUCAUGGGCAUGAGCAUGGGCAUGAACAUGAACAUGGUCAUCAUGGUCAUGGUCAUGAACAUAGGAGUCGUUCGAGACAUUCUAGUCAUUCGCAUCAUUCGCAUGGAAGACGUCAUGAUGAUGAUAGGUAUUAG